GCUCCGACCGCCGCAGUCGCGAGACACCCAACACUUGGGGCAGCAUCUCGACGACGACGCCGUCGAGCACCAAUAACAAAGAAAGGGGCAGCCAAACAAUGACAGACGUCAACUUCGACGAAUUCCAAGCCAUACGACGACGAAAAGCCCAGGACGACGAGGAGGAUGAGGACACAAAAGAGGAACCAGCAGCCACACCCAAAGAAGAGGAGGAGGAGGAACCCGACGGCCUCGCGGAGCGCGCCGGCGCCUUCGCGGAGCUGCCCGAGGUGCAGCUGCUGCUCUGCGUCGCGAUCCUCGCGGACGUGGCGGGCGCGGCCGUGACGGCGGCGCGCGACGACGGCGCUCCAGCGUUUUUGGUCAGGGCGGCGGCGGCCUUCCCGGGCUUCGUGAACUUCCUGUACGCCUUCGAGCUGCUGGCGCUGGCGACGGCCUUCAAGCUGCGCAUGCUGACGCACCCGGGGCUGCUGCUCGACGUGGGCAUCGUUUCCGUACCUCCGGCGUCCUUUGUUUUUUUCGGCGCGUCGAUGGCGUUAUGGAGGGCGCACGUCGCGUCGAUGGCGUCCGGGGUGGCCCACAUCCAUGGCUGGCCGCCGUCGACGCGGCUCCACCGCCAUCGAGAGAUAAUUCGUCGAGCUAUCCAACGCCGCCGUGAGAGGACAGAGUUGGUGUGAAGAUGGCACUGGACGCCAUCGACGCGGUCUUCGCCAACGUCGCUACGCCGCCACCGCGACAGAAUAAAAAGGACAAAAAAACACAGGCCCUCUUCGCCGCCGACCCCGAAGGCAACACCAACACGAUCCGCCUCUUGGGCUUCUUAAGGUUGUGGCGCCUGAGCCGCCUCCACGAGACGCUCGUCGCGGCGGAACGGACGCGAACCGAGGAAAAGGCGCAAGAAGCGCGGACGGAGCGCGAGCGCGCGUUAAGAGCAGAGGUCGAGCGCGCGCGAUUGGAAGGCGUCGCGGCCGAGAGCGCGAACGCACGCCAAAGAUUAGAGAAGAUGGCGCGCGCGUUCAAGGACGAGAUCGACACGCUCAACGAGGCUUUAGUGAUCGCCGCGCGGGACAUCGCCGAGGCCGCGGACUCGGAGAUCGAGUCCGAGAACGAACGAGAGGGCGGAGAUGUACAAGAGGCGUACGCGCGCGCGCCGAAGGACCUGCGGCGGGCCGAGCCGCGGCCGCCGAAGCAAAAAGCCCCCACUCGCUUCGUCGUGGACCCGUCGGGCGCCUACGAGGCGAAGGAGUAACGACCUG